AGUUUCUUUUCUGCCAUUUCUCCGCCCGCCAACAUUAUCCCCUUUCUCUCUCUCUCUCCUUUAAACACAGACAUACUAUAUAACCCUCUUUCUCUCUCUCUCUCUCUCUCUGUUUUGAGUUCUCUUCUUUCACCCUUUCAUUCCUUCUCUCAAAUUCCUCAUUCCAAACCUUCAAUCCACGAGUUUCCGCGUUAACCCUCUACUUUCUCUAACCUCUGCUCCUUUUUCUUUCUCUUUUCUUCGCUUCCUCAAAAUGGACCUUCUCCUGGGUCCCACUUUCACCAUCGACGUCUCCUCCUCUCCGCCGCCGCUCUUUCCCUCCCAAGCCGCUCGCUUCUCCGCCGACUCCUCCGAAACCUCCUCCUCGAUCGGAACCCCGGACGACACCGACGAUGAAAACGACGCCGUUUCGUCCCAACGAAACCAAAACAACUCAGACCACGACGACGACGAACAAGAACAACAACAAGUUCACAACACUUUGAAGAGUUUGGCCUCUCUCGAUUCCCUUGAAGACUCUCUUCCCAUUAAGAGGGGUUUGUCGAAUCAUUUCAUGGGAAAAUCGAAGUCAUUCACGGAUCUGUCACAGGUGAACACAGUGAAGGAACUGCAGAAGCAAGAGAACCCUUUCAACAAGCGAAGAAGGGUUCAGAUAGCAUCAAAGUGGUCCCGGAAAUCCUCCUUCUACACUUGGUCCAACCCAAAAUCGAUGCCCCUUUUACCUCUUCUCGAAGAUGAAGAUUUUUACCAACACAACCCCAAAAAAGUUUCCCCAUCGUCUUCUUCUUCCUCUUCAUCAGAGGAAAAAAAACACCAACAUCAACUUAUGGAGACACAGCAACCACAACCUAAGUCCUAUGUUGAUCACAUGAGGCUUAAAUUUGGGAGCUUUAAGUCUAGGAGUCUCUCGGAUCUGAAAGAACAUGAUGAAGAAGAAGAAGAUGACGAUGAUGAUUAUCAGUGAUUUUUGGAUUAAUAAUAUGUUUAGGUUGUAAAUAUAAUUAUAUUUUUAAUUUAGUUUAAA